GUUCUAGCAACACUCUCUUAUAACAAAGACACUAGCAUAAUAGCCAUGGGGAAGAAAUGCUCUCAUUGCAGGAAUGAUGGGCACAACUCAAGAACAUGCAGUAAUCCAAAACUAUUUGGAGUGCAUCUUCAAAUAUCUUCUUAUACUUCAUCAUCAUCAUCAUCAUCAUCAUCAUCUUCAUCUUCAUCUUCAUCUUCAUCAUCGUCGCUUGUUUCGAUCGAUGAAACCGGUGAAAAGCUUUGCAAUGGUUAUUUUUCUCAUGCUCUCAUGGCUAGAGAUGACAGAAAAAAAGGAGUUCCAUGGAGUGAAGAAGAACAUAGAUGUUUUCUUAUUGGCCUUGAGAGAUUAGGGAAGGGUGAUUGGAGAGGAAUCUCAAGGAGCUUUGUGAUAACAAGAACACCAACACAAGUAGCAAGUCAUGCUCAGAAAUAUUUUCUCAGAAUGAAGAACAGUACCAUGAACACAAAAAGAAGAAGAAUCAGUCUCUUUGAUUUGGUUAAAGAAGGUCAAUUGUUAUGCAGUGAGAUUGAUCUCAAUUUGCCACCUUGUUCAAAUUCAAAGAAUUCAAGCAGUAAAGCUUUGUUUGUGGAAACUAAUCUAGAGCUGAGUUUUUCAUCAAGAUGUAUUUAGAACUUUUUCUUUUUCUUUUUUUGGGAGUGGAUUGUUAUCUUUAAAGGAUGGCUUUUAUGAACCUUGCCCCCACCAUUCCCACUCCCAAACUUGGGAUCUUAGUAGGUGGAUAUGUAAAUAAGAUUACUUUCA